UUCAAUUCAGUUCUUUUCUCUCUAUCUUCAAAAAAACAAAACAAAAAUCUCAAAUUUUUCUCUCUGUUUCACUGUUUUACCCUAAAAAAAUUGUACAACACAUCAUUUUUCUACAUAAAGCUCCCAUCUUUACACUACCCUCUUCCUCAGCCCCCACACCCAAUUUUCUCUUAUCUCUCACUAAACAAAUGAAAUAAAAAAGACCAUUUCUUUACAAUUCCAUUGAUGAUACAAAGUUUAUGAGAUUUUCUUGGGGUUUAAAUGAUGAGGGAUUGAAAUAAAACCAAAAAAAUGGCACAAAAUCUUUUAUGUGGAGAGAAUAAAAAUACUUGUUUUGAUGUUGAUUGUAAUGCCAGUGAUGAGAUUGAUCAUCAACUCAAUCUAAAGGACUGUUUUUGUAAUAAAAAUGAUGAUGAUGAUGAAGGUUUGGUGAUGGGUUUGACAUUACAUAGUGAAAAAAGAGUUGUGGAAAUGGUUGAGAGGGAACAAAAACAUAUGCCUUUAGAUGAUUAUCUUAUGAGAUUAAGGAGUGGUGAGUUGGAUAUGAGUUUUAGAAGAGAGGCUAUUGAUUGGAUUUGGAAGGUUCAAGCACAUUACAGUUUUGGAGCAUUGAGUGUGUGUUUAUCUAUGAAUUAUUUGGAUAGAUUCAUCUCAGUUUAUCAAUUGCCUAAGGGUAAAGCUUGGACUGUGCAAUUGUUAGCUGUAGCUUGUUUAUCACUAGCAGCCAAAAUGGAGGAGACUAAUGUACCUCUUUCAGUGGAUUUACAGGUAGGAGAUCCAAAGUUUGUGUUUGAGGCUAAAACCAUACAAAGAAUGGAGCUUUUAGUGUUGAAUACAUUGAAAUGGAGAAUGCAAGCAAUUACACCUUGCUCAUUUAUAGACUAUUAUCUAUGCAAGAUCAAUGGCAAUCGGAAUUUGUCACCGGCAUUGAUCAAUAAAUCAUUGCAGCUAAUAUUAUGCAUAAUAAAAGGUAUUGAUUUCCUGGAGUUCAGACCUUCAGAGAUUGCUGCAGCAGUAGCUCUAUUUGUUAUAGAACAAGUCCAAGCAGUGGAUAUUGAUAAGCAAAUGCCUAUUUUCAUACAUGUAGAAAAGAAUAGAGUAAUGAAGUGUAUUGAAUUGAUGAAAGACUUGUCAUUGAUUAGUAGCUGUGGGUCUACAACUACAACUACAACUACAACUACAAGUAGUAAUGGUGAUAAUGUGGCAAGUGCUUCAACUUCAUCAGUGCCUCAAAGUCCAAAUGGGGUGUUGGAAGCAGCAUGCUUAAGCUAUAAAAGUGAUGACAUAACAACAACAGUUGGAUCAUGUGCAAAUUCCUCACAUAACCACAAUUCUAACACUAAUACUCCACUCACUAAGAGGAGGAAACACAAUCCAACUCAAGUGGAAAACAAGUCAUGAUCAUCACCACAUUAUUCAUUUUGGUGACCAUUUUGGAGGGUGUAUCAAUGUCCCCUUCAUUUUCAAUGAACACCAACACAUGAGAGAGAGGGAUGAAGUUAGAGAGAGAAAGAGAGGAGAGAGAGAGGAAGUUAGAGAGAGAAAAGAAAAUAGUUUUUUUUGAGGAAUAAAUAAUGAGUUAAAGAAAAUUGGAGAGGUGAUCCAUGCUAUAAGCAUGAAAAGCUUAAGGUAUUAUUACUAGUUUAUAUACAUAUAUGAAUAGAAGUAUGAAGAAGCUAAAGGAUAUAGGGAAUAGUACAAAGUGGAAGAAUGGUGGUGUUAAUGGGAAAUAGAAGUUGAGGGAUGAAAGUGUUUUGUUUAGAGAACUAUACUACCUUUUAAGUCCUUUUUUGUUCAUUAUUAUUGUUUUUGUUGUAUCUUCCAAUUUAAGUGAGGGUAUAGAAAUAUAUAGAAAAUGGAAUCAUCUAAUUUUUUUUCA